GAGGGAGUGUAGGUGCCCCCCCCCGGCCCCCCACUCCUUCAUUGUCUUCUCCAAAGUUAAAGCUUCGCGGGGCCGGUGGAGCGCUGCCUGGGGAAGGAAACGCCGGGCUCCGCUUCAGGCUUUAUCUGGCCCCCGUCUCUUCUGAGCCUUCGUGUCCACUCCCGCUGGGCUAAGAUGUCGUCUGGCCCCAGAAUUCAAAACGAGCGUUUCGUUGUCUUUUCUCUUAAGUGUGAGCGGUGGUGCCCCCCCGGGCACGGGGCCAUGUACAACGGGAUCGGGCUGCCGACGCCCCGGGGCAGCGGCACCAACGGCUACGUCCAGCGCAACCUGUCCCUGGUGCGAGGCCGCCGGGGUGAGCGGCCUGACUACAAGGGAGAGGAGGAACUGCGGCGCCUGGAGGCUGCCCUGGUGAAGCGGCCUAAUCCUGACAUCCUGGACCACGAGCGCAAGCGGCGCGUGGAGCUGCGAUGCCUCGAGCUGGAGGAGAUGAUGGAAGAGCAGGGGUACGAGGAACAGCAAAUUCAGGAAAAAGUGGCUACCUUUCGACUCAUGUUGCUGGAGAAGGAUGUGAACCCUGGGGGAAAGGAAGAGACCCCAGGGCAGAGGCCAGCGGUAACUGAGACUCACCAGUUGGCAGAACUGAAUGAGAAAAAGAAUGAGCGACUCCGUGCUGCCUUUGGUAUCAGUGAUUCCUAUGUAGAUGGCAGCUCUUUUGAUCCUCAGCGUCGUGCUCGAGAAGCUAAACAACCAGCUCCAGAGCCUCCCAAACCUUACAGCCUUGUCCGGGAGUCCAGCAGUUCUCGCUCACCAACCCCAAAGCAAAAGAAGAAGAAAAAGAAGAAAGAUAGAGGACGCAGGUCAGAGAGCAGCUCUCCUCGACGAGAGAGGAAGAAGAGUUCUAAGAAGAAGAAGCACAGGUCAGAAUCUGAAUCCAAAAAACGGAAGCAUAGGUCUCCCACUCCAAAGAGCAAACGUAAAUCUAAGGACAAGAAGCGGAAGCGGUCUCGUAGUACAACACCAGCCCCCAAGAGCCGCCGGGCCCACCGUUCAACGUCUGCUGACUCUGCUUCCUCUUCUGAUACUUCCCGCAGUCGGUCUCGAAGUGCGGCAGCAAAGACCCAUACAAUUACCUUGACUGGGCGAAGUCCUUCCCCUGUUUCAGGGCGUCGAGGGGAGGGAGAUGCACCUUCUAAGGAACAAGGUACCACCAACACAGGGCAGCCUAGCAGCCCAGAGCCAUCUACAAAGCAGCCUAGCAGUCCUCAUGAGGACAAAGACAAAGAUAAGGAGAAAUCUGCAAUUCGACCUAGCCCCUCUCCGGAAAGGAGCAGCACAGGCCCAGAACCACCUGCUCCCACUCCGCUCCUUGCUGAGCAACAUGGCGGCUCCCCACAACCCCUUUCAACAACCACCUUAAGUCAGGAGCCAGUGAACCCCCCAUCUGAGGCUUCCCCAACCCGGGGCCGUUCACCACCUAAGUCUCCUGAGAAACCUCCCCAGUCGUCUUCAGAGAGCUGCCCACCAUCCCCUCAACCUACCAAAGUUUCUCGACAUGCCAGCUCUUCCCCUGAAAGUCCUAAACCUGCACCAGCUCCUGGGUCCCGCCGAGAGAUUUCUUCUUCUCCCGCAUCCAAGAGUCGCUCACAUGGCCGAGCAAAGCGGGAUAAGUCACAUUCUCAUACCCCUUCUCGAAGAGUGGGGAGGUCCCGUAGCCCUACCACCACUAAGAGGGGGCGAUCUCGGUCUCGAACCCCUACCAAAAGAGGUCAUUCUAGGUCCCGGUCCCCUCAGUGGCGUAGGUCCCGGUCUGCACAGAGGUGGGGACGGUCCAGAAGCCCCCAGCGACGUGGUCGCUCUAGGUCUCCUCAGCGACCAGGCUGGUCUAGAAGCAGAAAUACCCAGAGAAGAGGCAGGUCUAGAUCGGCAAGGCGAGGCAGGUCUCAUUCUAGAUCCCCAGCCGCUAGGGGCAGAUCUCGUUCUAGAACGCCAGCCCGCCGGGCUAGAUCUCGCUCUAGAACGCCUGCCAGGCGGAGAUCACGAUCCAGAACACCUGCCAGGCGUAGGUCCCGCUCUAGGACACCAGCCCGGAGAGGCAGGUCUCGCUCUAGGACACCUGCUAGGCGCAGAUCUAGGACCCGAUCGCCAGUACGACGGAGGUCUCGUAGCAGAUCACCAGCCAGGAGAAGUGGCAGGUCACGCUCUAGAACUCCAGCCAGACGUCGGUCACGCUCUAGAACACCAGCCAGGAGAGGGAGGUCUCGGUCUAGGACACCGGCAAGACGAGGACGAUCUCGGUCUAGGACACCCGUAAGACGAGGACGAUCUCGGUCUAGGACACCAGCAAGACGAAGAUCUCGUAGUAGAAGUCUAGUUAGACGAGGAAGAUCUCAUUCUAGAACACCACAAAGAAGAGGCAGGUCUGGUUCGUCAUCAGAGCGGAAGAACAAAUCCAGAGCAUCGCAGAGGAGGAGCAGGUCCAACUCAAGCCCAGAAAUGAAAAAAUCUCGAGUUUCUUCAAGACGGAGCAGGUCUCUCUCUUCACCGCGGUCCAAAGCAAAAUCUCGCUUGUCUUUGAGGCGAAGCCUUUCGGGAUCCUCUCCGUGUCCUAAACAAAAGUCUCGGACACCACCAAGGCGCAGUCGCUCUGGAUCAUCCCAGCCGAAAGCUAAAUCUAGAACACCACCAAGGCGAAGUCGUUCUGGUUCUUCUCCUCCUUCUAACCAGAAAUCUAAAACACCUUCAAGACAGAGUUGUUCCAGUUCCUCUCCUCAACCUAAAGUGAAGUCUGGAACACCACCAAGGCAAGGGUCUGUAACAAGUCCCCAGGCAAAUGAACAGUCUGCGACACCACAAAUACAGAGCCGUUCAGAAUCAUCACCUGACCCUGAGGUGAAGUCUAUGACCCCUUCAAGACAUAGCUGCUCUGGGUCCUCUCCUCCUAGAGUGAAAUCUAGCACCCCUCCAAGAGGUUGCCGCUCGGGAUCGUCAUCUCCACAGCCCAAAGUGAAGGCAGUAAUGUCGCCAGUCCAAAGUCAUUCUGGCUCCUCUUCUCCAAGUCCUAGUAGGGUAACCUCUAAAACACCGCCAAGGCAAAGCAGAUCAGAGUCUCCUUGCUCCAAGAUGGAAUCUAGAUUGUUGCAAAGACAUAGCCGUUCUAGGUCCUCUUCACCAGAUACCAAAGUGAAACCUGGAACACCACCAAGACAAAGUCACUCAGGGUCUACUUCACCAUGCCCUAAAGUUAAGCCCCAUACUCCAUCAGGGCACAGUCUUUGUGGAUCUAAGUCCCCAUGUUCCCAAGAGAAGUCUAAAGACUUACCAGCACAAAGUUCUGGAUCCUUCUCUCUCUGUCCAGGAGUAAAGUCUGCCACACCACCAGGAGAAAUGUAUUUUGUCUCUUCUCUGCAACAGAAAGGACAAUCACAGACUUCACCAGACCCUAGAUCUGAUACUUCAAGUCCAGACAUGAAACGGAGUCACCCUGAGUCUCCGUCUCUGCAGAGCAAAUCUCACACACCUCUUAAGGGUGGCCGGUCCAGGUCCUCAUCUCCAAUCACUGAGCUGACCCCCAGAUCUCCAACAAGACCAGACAGAAGUGAAUUGUCAAGUCCUAGGCUAAAAUCUGGAAUGUCUCCUGAGCAGAGCAAGUCUCAGUCUGACUCUUUCCCAUAUCCUGCCAUGGACUCUAAAUCUCUUUUGGGGCAGAGUAGAUUGGAGCCUUCUGAGUCAAAAGAGAAAACAGGCUUACUCCUUCAGGAAGAUACUACUGUGUCAUCUCCUGGACCAAGAGACAAAUCUAGUCCUUUCCCAGUGCAGGAUAAAUCUGAGUCCUCACCAGUACUCAGAGAGACACCUAAAAUCCCAUCAAGGGAAAGAGGUGGUGUUGGGUCAUCCCCAGAUACAAAAGACCAAAGUACGUCAGCUAAGCCAAGCCAAGAUGAGGAAUUAAUGGAGGUCGAGAAAUCUGAAGAAUCCUCAAACCAGGUCCUCUCUCAUUUGUCUUCAGAACUUAAAGAAAUGGCUGGAGGUAAUUUUGAAUCCUCACCUGAAAUAGAAGAAAGACCUGUGUCUUUGACUCUUGACCAAAGCCAGUCACAGACUUCUUUGGAAGCAGAAGUCCCUGCAGUGGCCUCAACUUGGAGUGGGCCACGUUUUUCUCCAGAGCAUAAAGAGCUGUCUAAUUCCUCCCCGAGGGAGAAUAGCUUUGGAUCACCUUUAGAAUUUAGAAACUCAGGCCCUGUUGCAGAAAUGAAUGCUGGAUUUUCUCCUGAGGUUAAAGAAGAUUUGAAUGGAUCUUUUCCUAAUCAGCUGGAGACAGAUCCAUUUGUAGACAUGAAAGAACAAUCCACAAGGUCCUCCAGACGCAGCAGUUCUGAGUUAUCGCCAGAUGCAGUGGAAAAAGCAGGAAUGUCUUCAAAUCAGAGUGUUUCUUCACCAGUGCUCGAUGCUGUACCCAGAACACCAUCGAGGGAAAGAAGUAGCUCUGCAUCUCCUGAACUGAAAGACGGUUUACCCAGAACCCCCUCAAGGAGAAGCAGGUCUGGGUCUUCUCCAGGACUUAGAGAUGGGUCUGGGACUCCCUCGAGGCACAGCUUAUCUGGGUCCUCUCCUGGAAUGAAAGAUAUACCUAGAACACCGUCUAGGGGGAGAAGUGAAUGUGAUUCUUCUCCAGAACCAAAAGCUUUGCCCCAGACUCCUAGGCCAAGGAGUCGUUCUCCAUCAUCUCCAGAGCUCAACAACAAGUGUCUUACCCCCCAGAGAGAACGAAGUGGGUCAGAGUCGUCAGUUGAACAGAAGACCAUGGCUAGGACUCCUCUUGGACAGAGAAGUCGAUCUGGGUCUUCUCAAGAACUUGAUGGGAAGCCCAGUGCGUCCCCUCAAGAAAGAAGUGAAUCAGACUCUUCUCCAGAUUCCAAAGCGAAGACACGAGUACCACUUAGAGAAAGGAGUCGGUCUGGGUCGUCUCCAGAGGUUGAUAGCAAAGCCCGACCGUCUCCUCGCCGUAGUAGGUCUGGCUCAUCCCCUGAAGUUAAAGAUAAGCUGAGAGUGGCACCCAGGGCACAGAGCGGUUCUGAUUCUUCUCCUGAACCCAAGGCUCCUGCCCUUCGAGCUCUUCCCAGACGAAGCAGGUCAGGUUCAUCAAGCAAAGGCAGAGGCCCUUCCCCUGACGGAAGCAGCAGUUCAGAGUCCUCUCCAGAACACCCACCCAAGUCCAGAACUGCUAGAAGAAGCUCUAGGUCAUCACCAGAGCCCAAGACCAAGUCCCGCACUCCACCUCGCCGUCGCAGCUCUAGAUCGUCUCCUGAGCUGACUAGGAAGGCCAGGCUGUCUCGUAGAAGCCGCUCUGCAUCGUCCUCACCAGAGACCCGUUCUAGAACCCCCCCGAGACGUCGAAGAAGUCCUUCAGUGUCUUCCCCAGAGCCAGCUGAAAAGUCAAGAUCCUCACGCCGGCGGCGCUCAGCUUCAUCCCCCCGUGCUAAGACAACUUCAAGGAGAGGCCGUUCUCCUUCACCAAAGCCUCGUGGGCUUCAGCGAUCCCGUUCCCGCUCAAGGAGAGAGAAAACCAGAACAACUCGACGUCGAGAUAGGUCUGGAUCUUCUCAGUCAACUUCGCGGAGAAGACAGCGGAGCCGGUCGAGGUCUCGGGUCACUCGUCGGCGGAGGGGAGGCUCUGGUUACCACUCAAGGUCACCUGCCCGGCAGGAGAGUUCCCGAACUUCUUCCCGACGCCGAAGAGGCCGUUCUCGGACACCCCCAGCCAGUCGGAAGCGGUCCCGCUCUCGUACAUCACCAGCUCCAUGGAAACGCUCACGGUCUCGGGCCUCUCCAGCCACUCACCGGCGGUCCAGGUCCAGGACACCUUUGGUCAGCCGCCGUAGGUCCAGGUCUCGAACUUCACCAGUCAGUCGGAGACGAUCAAGGUCCAGGACAUCAGUGACUCGACGAAGAUCUCGAUCCAGAGCAUCGCCAGUGAGUCGAAGGCGAUCCAGGUCUAGAACACCACCAGUAACCCGCCGUCGUUCAAGAUCCAGAACCCCAACACGCCGGCGCUCCCGUUCUAGAACUCCACCGGUGACUCGAAGAAGGUCCAGAUCUAGGACUCCACCAGUGACCAGGAGGCGAUCUCGAAGCAGAACUUCCCCUAUCGCUCGCAGAAGAUCGAGAUCCAGAACGUCUCCAGUCACCCGUAGGAGAUCUCGAUCUCGCACAUCUCCGGUAACUCGAAGGAGGUCCCGCUCUCGAACCUCUCCGGUGACACGCCGCCGAUCUCGUUCCCGAACACCUCCUGCUAUUCGGCGUCGCUCUAGAUCUCGGACCCCAUUGUUGCCACGCAAGCGUUCUCGAAGUCGCUCUCCCCUUGCUAUCCGUCGCCGUUCCAGAUCCCGUACUCCACGAACAACUCGGGGCAAACGGUCCUUAACGAGAUCUCCUCCCGCCAUCCGAAGACGUUCUGCAUCUGGAAGUAGUUCUGAUCGCUCACGUUCUGCUACUCCUCCGGCAACGAGAAAUCAUUCUGGUUCUCGGACCCCUCCGGUAGCGCUCAAUAGCUCCAGAAUGAGCUGUUUCAGUCGUCCUAGCAUGUCACCAACUCCUCUGGACCGCUGUCGAUCACCUGGAAUGCUGGAACCCCUUGGCAGCUCUAGAACACCUAUGUCUGUCCUGCAGCAAGCUGGUGGCUCCAUGAUGGAUGGUCCAGGUCCCCGAAUUCCUGAUCACCCGAGAACAUCUGUGCCAGAAAAUCACGCACAGUCUAGAAUCGCACUUGCCCUGACAGCCAUCAGUCUUGGCACUGCUCGGCCACCUCCAUCCAUGUCUGCUGCUGGCCUUGCUGCAAGAAUGUCCCAGGUCCCAGCUCCAGUGCCUCUCAUGAGUCUCAGAACGGCCCCAGCUGCCAGUCUUGCCAGCAGGAUUCCUGCAGCUUCUGCAGCAGCGAUGAAUCUGGCCGGUGCCAGGACACCUGCCAUACCAACAGCAGUGAACCUGGCUGACUCCAGAACGCCAGCUGCAGCAGCAGCCAUGAACUUGGCCAGCCCCAGAACAGCAGUGGCACCUUCUGCUGUGAACCUCGCUGACCCUCGCACCCCUACAGCCCCAGCUGUGAAUCUAGCAGGAGCCAGAACCCCAGCUGCCUUGGCAGCUCUGAGUCUCACCGGCUCUGGCACUCCCCCGACCGCUGCAAACUAUCCCUCCAGCUCCAGAACAGCCCAGGCUGCAGCCCCUGCAAACCUGGUGGGUCCUAGAUCUGCACAUGCUACAGCUCCUGUGAAUAUUGCCAGCUCCAGAACCCCUCCAGCCAUGGCACCUGCAAGCCUCACCAGUGCUAGAAUGGCUCCAGCCUUGUCUGGUGCAAACCUUACCAGCCCCCGGGUGCCCCUCACUGCUUACGAACGUGUUAGUGGUAGAACCUCACCGCCACUUCUUGACCGAGCCAGAUCCAGAACCCCACCAGGAGGCCCAGGCUCCAGAACCCCACCAUCUGCCCUCAGCCAGUCUAGAAUGACCUCUGAGCGGGCUCCCUCUCCUGCUUCUAGAAUGGUCCAGGCUUCCUCCCAGUGUGUUCUUCCUCCAGCUCAGGAUCGAGCUAGGUCCCCUGUGCCAUCUGCUUUUUCUGACCAGUCCCGAGCUUUGCUUGCCCAGACCACCCCUGUAGCAGGGUCUCAGUCCCUCUCCUCUGGGACGGUGGCAAAGACCACAUCCUCUGCUGGUGACCACAACGGCAUGCUCUCUGGCCCUGUCCCUGGGGUGUCCCACCCUGAGGGUGGGGAAACACCAGCCUCCACGGGGGCCCAGCAGCCUUCUGCAUUGGCCACCCUGCAGCCGGCAAAGGAGCGGCGGAGUUCCUCCUCCUCCUCCUCAUCCAGCUCCUCCUCUUCAUCCUCGUCAUCGUCCUCUUCCUCCUCCUCUUCCUCCGGUUCCAGUUCUAGCGACUCGGAGGGCUCUAGCCUUCCUGCUCAACCUGAGGUAGCGCUGAAGAGGGUCCCCAGCCCCACCCCAGCCCCCAAGGAGGCUGUUCGAGAGGGACGUCCUCCGGAGCCGACCCCGGCCAAGCGGAAGAGGCGCUCCAGUAGCUCCAGUUCCAGCUCCUCCUCCUCCUCUUCCUCCUCUUCCUCGUCUUCCUCCUCCUCUUCCUCCUCCUCCUCCUCCUCCUCCUCUUCCUCCUCCUCUUCCUCCUCUACUUCUUCAUCCCCCUCCCCCGCUAAGCCUGGCCCUCAGGCCUUGCCCAAACCUGCAAGCCCCAAGAAGCCACCCCCCGGCGAGCGGAGGUCCCGUAGUCCCCGGAAGCCAAUAGAUUCCCUCCGAGAUUCUCGGUCCCUCAGCUACUCGCCUGCGGAGCGCCGCCGCCCUUCGCCUCAGCCCUCGCCACGGGACCAGCAGAGUAGCAGCGAGCGGGGUUCCCGCCGAGGCCAGCGUGGGGACAGCCGCUCCCCUGGCCACAAGCGCAGGAGGGAGACACCCAGCCCCCGCCCCGUGCGGCACCGCUCGUCCAGGUCUCCUUGAAUCUCUGUGGGGGGAAUCCCACCACACCCCAAGUUCUGGAGCUGCAGGGAGUGCCCCCUUUACCCAGCAGUGGGGAGGGGUCCUUGUCUGCCCCCCACCCCCGAACCCUGGCAGCCUCCUGGGGGAGGACUCUUCCUCCUUCCUGCUCCCCCCCCCCCCCCCUUUUUCUUUGUUCCUGUGAAAUGUUAAUCUCUGUGAGUUUUUCCUGGUUCACGUUUUGGGAGUUUUGGGGUGGGUGGGAAUGAGAAUGGGAGUUGUGGGAGGGGAGGAUACAGUUGGGGACACCCUGGUCUUGAGUUAGAAAGGGCUGGGAGGCGUCAGUGCCCCCCUGUAACCCUAAGUUCUGGGGGAGUUGGAACUUGGGAACUUGUGUGAGGUGUUCCUGGAAGGAAGGGGCACGAGUUGAAAUUAGUUGGCCCCUACUGUCCCCCAAGUGAGGUUGUGGCCCCUCCCCCAACUUUUCUUCACGUUUCUUAAAGGCAUUUUGGUUUUUUAAAAUCUGUACAGCAAGAGCAACUUUUUCUGUCAAAUAAAAAUGAGAAAUGCAGGAA